UCCCAAAAUCCCGAAAUUUCUAGUGACGUGGCUACACAUUUACGAGACUUUCGAACACAAACGACACAAAUCUCAAAGGAUUGAAUGAGGAAGUCCAAAGAGCUUACGUACGGGACCACCCUGCAGCCGCUUCAAAUGUGGACGGCCAGCCAAACGAGUCAAGUUCCGCCUGAAGGAAUUCUCCUGGUGAAAGACUUCCACUCUUUUACUCGGAAAAUAAAGCGAUGUGAAGGCUUCUAUAUCACUACUUUAGCACAUUGCCGUUUUUUGGACGUGCUCUCAAAGCCGAUGGAAUAUACACAGGUCGAGACUUGCAGCUCAAUUCUCAAUCACCUAACAGGCGAUUCGUUGCGUGGUUCACCCGGGACUGGGAAGACUGCGAUAUCUAUGUGUACCCUCUAUUCUUGACGCCCCAACAUAGCACUUUCUCUCUAUCCUUGCUCUACAGCUGGCAGCGUUCGAUGCUGAGUACAAGAGCUUACUUUGCUAGGCGGCUUCCGCUGCAGUCCGCUUCAUGAAACAGUAUUCCGGGUCCCGUUGCAGAGAAAGAGAUGAAAAUUC